ACUCAGAUCUUUUUCUUUCACACCUUUGGAAAUAGUGAAAACUUGUUACUGUCUGCGAUGGCUUAUGACCGGUAUGUUGCUAUCUGCCACCCACUGAGAUAUUCGGCAAUCAUGAAUAGGCACACAUGCUUGACUAUGUGUAGCGUGUGUUGUGUGUGUGCUUCUUUACACGCGUUCCUCCAUGCUAUUGUGACAUCUUGGUUGGAGUUUCAUCACCAAGAACAUAUACCUCACUUCUUCUGUGACAUCCCUCCACUCCUGGAGAUAUCUUCCUCCGACACAACAUUCAACCAACUUCUGAUCUUCACAGAAGGCUCCCUGGUGGCCCUGGUCCCUUCUUCACUUACCGUCCUUUCUUAUGUUCGUAUUAUCAUCUCUAUUCUUCGUAUUCGCUCAUCCACAGGUAGACAGAAGGCUUUUUCCACCUGUGCGUCCCACCUUACGGUCGUCUUGCUCUUCUCCGCUUCGGCCGUCUCCAUGUAUUUCAGGUCUUCAUCUGUUUCGUCACCUCACAAGGAUAAAUUUGUCACUCUCCUGUAUACCGCAUUCACUCCCAUGUGUAAUCCUUACAUAUACUGUCUGAGAAACAAUGAAGUAAAAAUCACUCUCAAGAAGUGGUUGCCCUCGAACAAGUCAAAAUGA